AGGAAGCGGCGCGGCUUCCUGGGGCUUGUGCCGGGGAUAUAGGCGCCCCCGCCCGGGCCCGGCUCAGCGCCACCGCCCCUCCUCGCCUGCUCGCGGCGCGAUGGCCUCGCUCCGGGCUGAGCGCGCAGCCGGCGGCCCGCGGCUCCCUGCGACCCGCGCGGGGCGACCGGCUGCGCUCCGCCUCCUCCUCCUGCUGGGCGCUGUCCUGAAGCCCCAGGAGUCCCUGGCUCAGGUUCCUCCCACUGAAAGCAGCUUGAAGCCAGAAGGUGUGUACCCGCCGCGGCUCUGGGACGGUGACCUGGGACAGCGAGGAGAGCCAGACAGGAGCAGUGGAAAUACCUGGACCCGAGGGCUUGGGGGGAGGCGCGGGGUUGUGGUCAGUGCGAAGCAAUCUGUGCCCACAGAGGACAAGAUGGAGAGCUAUGAGAGGACUAUCCAGAUUUGCUGGCAAUCUUAUAAGGAGGAGAUGGACUCUAUCCCCAAGGAUUGGUGUGACUGGGACAUGAUUAGCAGGCCUUAUAGCGACCUACAGUAUUGCCUGGAGCAUUUUGCAGAAGAAUUUCAUCUGGGCUUCCCCAAUCCCUGGGCAGAAGAGAUCAUCUUUGAGACUCACCAGAUCCACUUUGCCAACUGCUCCCUUGUGCAGCCCACCUUAUCAGACCCCCCGGAGGAUGUGCUCCUGGCCAUGAUCAUAGCCCCCAUCUGCCUCAUCCCCUUCCUCGUCACCCUUGUGGUGUGGAGGAGUAAAGACAGUGAAGCCCAGGCCUAGGGUGGUAUGAGUUUUUCCACAGCCAUCUUUCUCCUUUUCCUUGCCACCACCAGGUCUCUCUUCCCCUCCCUGCCUCCUUCUGUCAGUCCCACACCUACCACAGAUCCUUGGACUGAUGAAAGUGGAAACCCAGUGGUGUCAUGACACAAGUUCUGUAAUCUUCAAAAUAAAACUUUUUUUUGUACUGUCCUCUCCCCAUCCCAGAGUUUCGCCAUUCACAGCUCUGCUGGGCAGCAGAGCUGGAAGAAUCUGGAUAGCAGCACUGUUUUGUUCACUUGCCUGCUCCCCACUAUCCCCCUCCCCCCACCUGAAGCCUCCCCCCCACCCACUCACUGCUUCCUCCCUAGGCUGGGCCUUUCCUGUCCAUAUCCAAACCCAGCACCAGGAAA